ACUCUUCAUUGGAUUUGGAAUUAUUUGAAUAUGGACCAUGGAAAAAAUUGUGAUCACUCAAACUGCACUCAUGCUAAUGCAUCUGUCACCCAAACAUUAUCUGAAAUGCACUGGGAGAGGGGCUUGUGGUAUGCAGCCUUUUAUGGUGAUGAAGAAAGAGUCAUAUCUUUGAUCAAUAAAGCAGGCAACACUAAAAAUAUAGUGAACACACCUGAUGAUGCUGGUUAUAUGCCUCUGCACUAUGCUGCACGGAAAGGAUAUACAAACAUAUGUAAGAUAUUGUUACAAAAUGGAGCUUUGAUUGAUGCCAAGACCAAGAGUGGACUAGCUACACCUUUACUCAAAGCUGCUGCAGCAGGUAAAAUUGAAACAAUAAAAUUUCUGAUUCACUCUGGAGCUUGUGUUGAUGUGCAAGACGCGGAUGGCCAAACAGCCCUACACAAAGCUGUUGAAAACAAACACUUUGAUUUGGUCAAGUUUUUCGUUGAGACAUAUCCUAAACUCAACACUAUGAAGGACAUGAAAGGUCAUUGCCCCUCUGACUACAUGUCUUACCCCAAGGAGUAAGAAUUCUGCCAGUAAGGAGUGGCAAUAACCAGCUACUUCUAAUGAUAAACUAUCAUUGAUAAGUUACUUUUGCCCUGCAUUUUGAUACACAUUCAUUUAAUGCUUGAUUUUUUACAGUUGUUGCUAUUUAUUUUGUUACCUAUAAUCAUUUGCAUGAUAAAAUCUGCAAGUAUGGUGUAACCUUAUGUUAGUGUGAUAAUUAGCAGUGUUAUUAUAAUAUAAAAAAAGUUUAUUGGUUCUAUGUUAACAUUCCCAUUUAUUUAUUUUGUCAAUUUACUUGAUUUAUUAUUGUGGUUUCUAAUGUAUAGGUGUGUAAAUGUUGUCAUUAGAAGUAUUCACUUUAAAAAUAAUCUAAUAUAUUAUGAAGAUUUAAUGUUUAGCACCUGAAAAUUCUAUCUAGACACUAAUCACGUUUUUCGUCAUGUUAUGUAUAUAAAAAAUCUUUUGUUAAUUUUAUAGUUUUGGUUGAAAAUGGUCCAUUAUAUUAUUUUAUGUAAGUUGUUAGUCAUAGUUUUGUGCAUUUAAAAAAACCUUUCUAACAUAAAUAUAAAGUUUUUAUAUAGGUGUUUACAACACCAACAAACUGAUUUUUUUAUGUAUGUAUAAAUAAAUAAAAAACUUCACUUUCAUAAUAUGCACUUACUUGAUCACGCCUACUAAUGCAUCAGAGUUGAAUGAUUGUAUAUAAUAUUAAUUGGGAAAAUGAUUAAAACACUUGUAUUUUCUUAUGUAUGUACAUUGUAUUAUUAACAGAAUAGAUAGGUACAUUAUAAUUUACUCACCCUGUGUAAGUAGGCUUAACCAGCAACAGGAUGUUGCUUUAUUCUAUGUAUUAGUAUAUCUGAAUUCAUAUCAUUUAUUUUAAUUACUAAACGUAUUACUAAAGCAUGUAUUAAUUAGGAUAGGACUAGAUUCUUACUCCAAACAAUUCACAUAACUUGGACACCUUUUGCAUAAAAAUGUACUAUAAAGGAAAAUUAGCGGUACAUGUUUUGUUUAUAAAUUAAAUCACAUAAGUCUAUAAUACUUUUCUUAACAAAUAUAAAUAAUCAACAUUAGAUUGUAUACAACCAAAUAUUAAAAUUUGAACCAUUUCAGCUCUCAGAAAAUGUAAACAUCUAUAAAACUACUUAUUUAUUUGCUUUCCCCAUAACAGUUAAAAAUAAUAUAAUAAUUUACUUACAUAAAAUUAUAAUUAUUCUUUACUGUUAGGUGUAUAAAACGAUUCAACUCAUUUCGAAGAUUUUAUGGACUAUUGUGUCACUAAUUAUAGAUAUUCUAAUCAACAAAUAUUUUAUAUUUUACCCUAAGUACACCUUUGUACUACUGUGUAAUUUUACUAAAUAAAAAUGCAUAUAGAUGUU